UUCCUUCCAUCUAUUAUAUAAUCAUUGAUAUUCUCAGGAAAGUUUAUUCAAUUCGAUGCGUUUAUUUUUCCAAGUAGUAAUGGUUAUUAAACUGUAAUCUGUUGCUUCCCUUGUUUGCUUGCUGUUUUUGCAGUAAAUCAGAGGAUGUUAAUGUGGUUAUAUGGUAAUAUGGAAAUAGAGUUCAGUCGAUUCUCUCCAUUAUUUCAGCGUAGAUACAUACACACAUGUAUAUAUACAUGCAACCACAUAUAUAGGGAACGUACAAUUUCUUCCGAAGACUGAAGAAGAUCGGCAGAAAAUGUAUCAGGAGGCAAUUAGAAGAGCUGCACUUACAUUAUUCUCGCUGCUGCUGACAUCCGCCGCACCGCAGCCGGAGCAGCGCCUGGUGAAAAUUACUUUCGUUGAAAACGCUUCUUCAAUCGGCGCAUAUUGCUUAGAUGGAAGUCCGCCGGCCUAUCAUUUGGAUAGAGGAUCCGGAGAGGGAGCGCAAAAUUGGCUGCUACAGUUUGAGGGCGGCGGGUGGUGCGAGAGUCUCAAAGCUUGCUUGGAAAGAGCUCCGACUCGCCGUGGAUCGACUAAAUACAUGAACAAGGAAGCAGUCUUCUCAGGAAUUUUAAGCAAUCAUGCUCCGUUAAAUCCUGAUUUUUAUAACUGGAACCGUGUAAAGCUAAGAUACUGCGAUGGUGCAUCGUUUGCUGGUGAUGCAAUUUAUCAAAAUGGAACAUCAAAGCUUUAUUUUAGAGGGCAAAAGAUUUGGAAAGCCAUUGUUGAAGACCUUCUCCCAAAAGGCUUGGCCCAAGCAAAGAAGGCUUUACUUUCUGGCUGCUCGGCAGGGGGUUUGUCUGCCAUUCUUCAUUGCGACAGUUUUGCCAGUUAUUUGCCAAGAAAUGCCACUGUAAAAUGCUUGAGCGAUGCUGGAUUCUUUCUGGAUGCAGUUGAUACAAGUCAGAAGCACACUGCAAGAUCUUUCUUCAAUGGUGUAGCUUCUCUCCAGGGUGCAGAAAAGAACCUGAAUAAAGAUUGCACGAGUAAAUAUCAUGAACAAUGCUUCAUGCCGCAGUAUACAUUACCGUACAUAAAAACACCUCUUUUUGUCUUGAACACAGCAUAUGAUGUGUACCAAAUUCGUCACAUAUUAGUACCUCCUUCUGCUGAUCCUGAAGGGGCUUGGACUCGCUGUAAACAAAAUCUUGCAGAUUGUACGGCUGACCAAAUAUCAGCCCUGCAAGGAUUCAGGAAGUAUAUGCUCGAAACUCUGCGGCCAUUGUUAAGUAACUCUACUGGAGGAGGGGCGUUCAUAAAUUCUUGCUUUGCUCAUUGCCAAAGUGAGUCACAAGAUACUUGGCUUGCACCUGACUCUCCUAGAGUGAACAACAAGACCAUUCCGCAAACAGUUGGCAAUUGGUACUUUGGGAGACAAGUAAGCAAGGAGAUUGACUGUGCAUAUCCUUGCGACAAAACUUGCCAUAACCUGAUAAAGAAUGGUUCAAAUCAGUUGCAGGUCACAAUAAGUUAGCAGCUACACAGAAGAGCAUUCAUUUAUUUAAACAGAGGAUUUCAUUUGUUAAGGAGGGGAAGCAGCUGUAAAACAAAUAAAAAUAAUUGAGAAAUUUUACAUGGCCCGACAGAAUAAAUUUAAUUUUAUAUUCUCUUUAUUUGCAGCAACUUAGGCCGCACAACAUGGCACAGAGAGAUCAAAUAACUUCGUUCUAUGGUACGUGUGACCAAACCCUAAUUAUUAUAUAUGAGAUCAAAUCUUUGAAUUCCAUACGGUUAGGACAAAUUAGUCGGACAAAAAAGAACAGUUUGUUACCAUGAUUUCCAUAGCCAGACCAGUGAUUGAUACGUCCAAUCUUUGAUUUUUCACUAGUAAAGAUUAGACACAUAGGCCCCAUGUGUAGGGUGUUAGGGAGACCUAUCAAUUUGAGUGGACUUACCAGCUAAUGAAAUUCUGUUCGAGUGGGACAUCAAUUAAUUAGUAAUGGUCCGAUGGUAUGUGUGUGUAUAUAUAGUUGCAGCCGUGCACGCAUCUGAUGGUAUAGUUUAUAGUACAUAGUUACUGUUAGUUAUUUACAUAUGUAUAUAUAUAUAUGUGUGUGUAUUGUAUUGUGACAAUAGUGUGUAGAAUGGACAACAGAGCACGUAAUGACCAUAAAAGGGAAGUAAGAAAGUCGAUGGAGUCAAUUGUGUCGCCCACAUAAUUUAAAGAACACUGGACCAUAUCAUAUGUAUUUGUGUAUAUAAAGUAUGCUCUGCUAUCUGACUUUCUUCACAGAAAUAAAUUAAAAAGAAUGGGAGAGAAAGGUGGUUGGUGUGAGUGAAAUUGGAGGGCUCCAAAGGGAUCGCAUUGAUCAGGUUUCUGCUAGGAAGGAAUUCCAUUAAUUUGUUUUCAUCAGAUCAGAUCAAUGCGAUCCCUUGGGAAUUCUCCAUCAUACACACCAGGAUUGAUUGAUUCUUGAUUUGAGAGUGAAUUUGAAAACAUCAGCUUCAACUCGCCUUCUAUUUUAGCUAUCUCAUGUGAGAAGGUGUAUUUUUAUUUUUUAUUUUUUACUUUUAAUUAUAAUCUUUUAUUUUUUAUAAAUGAAAUUGGCAUGGCCAUUGGAAGUUGGAACAUUCCAUUUUGAUUCAUCAUUAAUUUUGAGUGUUGUACUUAAAUCUAUUAUUAUCCAUCUUCUUAUUAAAAAAUUAUAGUGUAUAAUUAGAUGUGAGACAAACAUCUAAUUUUGAAAUUAAUUUAUCUGUAAAGAAUUAUUUCAUGGCUUAAUGGUAUGAGAUGGACUUACCACGACCACAGACAUCUCCAGUCACCUGUCAUACAAGUGUCUAAGACAUUGCAUAUCAAAUUUCAACACAUGCAUCAAUAGCAAUAUUCAUGUUUACUCGCUUAAAUGAAGUCAUAUUAUCACAGCUAAUUUUGAUACCGCCGUAGAUGAGGAAUCUAGCUACUUUUGCCACUGAACUAAAUGAUUCACCAUCAUGAGAGACACAAGUUAUAAAAGCAUUUGUAAGUUCCUUCAACAGUGUUCGGUUGAAUUCCAAUUUCCAAGGGAUGUCGAGGCUUGAGUUCUCGUAUACUUUGGUUUGUGGUUACCAUAGCCCAACCCUGAGGAAGAAGAAGAAGAUUGCAGAAGGUGCUUUUCUGGAGGAGACUGUCGCCGGAAUGUGCUGCUGCCCAAUGCCUGCCGGAAAAAUUUGCUGCCAUUGCUGCCUCCCUUUCAUCAUCGGCCUGUUCCAUGAAUCACAAAAUCAAUUUGGAAAAUCCUUGCCUGCGUUAUUCAGGUUCAAGUUUUUAGUAUUAAAAAAUCCAAAAACCUAAAUAUAAAUAAAACAAAGAGAGAUUAGAAUUGGUUGUGGUCCCGGCGAUAUUCAUAUUCCCUUUCCCAACUCUUCAUUCCUUCCAUUCCCUCCUCCUUCCUUCUCCAAACCGCUCCAAACGACGCCGCAUCGAAAGGCGGCGGCAUAACGCACGGCGCCGCCACCGCAGGGCGCUCCACCAGCGACUCAUCCAUGAACCUCUUCGCCCGCCCUUCCGCCGCGCACGCCAUCGUCUCGGAGCAGAUCUCCACCGCCUUCUCCGGCACGCUCGGCCUGUACCUCAACAGCUUCGCGUACUCCUUCAGCAAUUGGAGCAUGUAGUCGUACACGUACUCCAUUUUCACCUGCUCCGCCACGAAUCGGCUGCCUUCCUCGCCGAUCGCCUGCGCCGCCGCCGGAUUUGCGUUUCCCCAGUCGACGGCGCGGCGGAUCGAGGCGCAGAUCUCGGCGGCGUCGUCGGUGAUCGGCCAAUAGUGCUUGAGCGGGAGCAAACUCCUGGAGAAGAAGUCGUGGAAGCUUGGGCGAACGAGGAGCGUGGUGGAAUCGCAGGCGAGGAUGUACUUAUGGCUGACGGACCAGGAUCGGCCUUCGACGUAGAUUUUGUAGCGAUGGAUGCACUGGUCGGCCAGAUUCGAGCUUUGUAAUCGAAAUUGGGCGCCGAGGUGAUAUUACAGUCGAGCAAAUCGAGCCUGGUUUGGGAAACUUGGGGAUUGCCUUUCCAGUAUGCAUAGGGCUGCCGCUCUUCCCAUUUCAUUCGCCUGUUCCCUUCUUUCAGCUCCCCUGCCAAUGAACCCCACGGCUUUAUGUUGAUCUCCGCCCUGCAGAACGACCAGUCGGGGAACACGAUAUCGAACGCCUCCUCGUGCCCGCAGUAUCUGAACACCGGCGGUGGCUGCCGCCGCGCACCCGGCCGGAAGUUCUCCCUCAGCACCACCGGCAUGUCGCCGCAGUGGAACAUCAGGUCCAGAUCCGGAACCCGACCCGGAUACCGCCGGAGCAGCUGUAAGAUCCCCCAUAAUGUGAAGCCUUUCUGGGAGCCAUCACCAUUUCUUUGGUGAUCCCCGAUUUCAUCCACGGCCGUAGAUCUUCGUGGAUCCAACGGAAGUAAUCGGGACACGUCGGCGGCUGCGGGCCCUGGAUUUUAAGCGCCUGUCGUGACGGGAGGUCGUUGGCUGGACAGGUUUUUGACAGGUUCCCCCUGGAACAGUUUAAUGGGAAUGUUUUGGCCCUGGAGAGGUUUUCUGAGGCCUGGAAGGAAUUCAUUUCGACAAUCUGCAGAGGUUAAUAGUGUGAAAAGUCAGGAACGGGAAGAGCAGAUUGGAUUAUUCCAGGGCAGCUCCCAGGACCCCAACGCCAGAAGAGUCGGCUGUUGGGUUGCUCUUUCUCCGGUGCGGAGGUCCGGGAUCUCCCAAAAUUACACUGCCUAAGCUGAGAAAUGAAGAUGGUGUAUAUUUAUUUUUAAAAAGCUUAUUAUGUUCAAAAUACCUAUGGUGAGUACAAGUCAUAAAAAAAAUAUAUAUAUUUCAAUUUAUAUUAUAAAAA